AUACUCAAACAAAACCUUCCACAUGUAGCCCCUCCCACUCUGCUGCUCCUUCAUUUCAGAGGAAGCGAAACUGAUCUCAGAGAGCUGCUCUGCCUCAGACUGUGAGUGCAGGAAAAUGGCAGAGGCCAGUAUUUCAGUAGGUCAGGACCAGUUCAGCUGUCCAGUCUGUCUGCUUCUGCUGAAGGAUCCAGUGACGACGCCCUGUGGACACAGUUACUGUAAAGUUUGUAUUAAUGGCUACUGGGAUUGGGAGGACCAGAGGGGGGUCUACAGCUGCCCCCAGUGCAGAGAGACCUUCACUCCAAGGCCUGUUCUACGCAGAAACAACAUGCUGGCUGAAGUGGUGGAGAAACUGAAGAAGACAGAAAUCCAAGCUGCUUCUCCUGCUCUCUCUUACGCUGGACCUGGAGAUGUGGAGUGUGAUUCCUGCACUGGGAGAAAACGCAAAGCUAUCAAUUCCUGUUUGGUGUGUCUGGCUUCUUACUGUGAAGCUCAUCUUAAACCUCACUAUCAGUCUCCUGCCUUUAAGAAGCACAAGCUGGUCGAAGCCUCCAAACAGCUACAAGAGAAGAUCUGCUCUCAGCAUGAUGAAGUGAUGAAGAUCUACUGUCGUACUGACCACAGCUGCAUCUGCUAUUUGUGUACGAUGCACGAACACAAAGGCCACAAUACAGUAGCAGCUGUAGCAGAAAGAAAAGAGAAACAGAAUGAGCUAAUGGAGGUUCAGAGGAGAUCUCAGCAGAGACUCCAGGAGAAAGAGAAGAAGCUGCAGGAGGUGAAACAGGCUGUGAAGACUCUUAAGAGCUCUGCACAGGCAGCAGUGGAGGACAGCGAGAGGAUCUUUACUGAGCUGAUCCGCUCCACUGAGAAAAAGCGCUCUGAGGUAACAGAGCUGAUCAGAGCUCAGGAGGAGGCUGAACUGAGUAGAGCUGAAGAACUCCUGGAGCAACUGGAGCAGGAGAUUGCUGAUCUAAAGAGGAGAGACACUGAGCUGGAGCAGCUUUCACACACAGAGGAUCACGUCCAGUUCCUCCAGAGCUUCCAGUCCCUCUGUGUCUCUUCUGGAUCUGAGGACUCCUCCAGCAUCACUGUCCAUCAACAUCUCUCAUUUGAUGGAGUGAGGAAAUCUCUCUCUGAUCUGAAGGAGAGACUAGAGGAAUUCUGCAAGAAGGAAUUCAGUAAAAUCUCUCCACAAGUUUCAGCAGUUCACAUGAUUUUACCCUCAGAGCCAAAAGCCAGACAAGAUUUUCUACAGUAUUUCUGUCGUCUGACUCUGGAUCCCAAGACGGUAAAUUACUACCUCAGUCUGUCUGAGAAGAACAGAGUGGUGACCUGCAGGAAUAAAGUCCAGAAUUACUCUGAUCGUCCAGAGAGAUUUGACAGCUGGUGGCAGGUGUUGAGUAAGAACAGUGUGAGUGGACGCUGUUACUGGGAGGUUGAGUGGAGCUGUAUUAAAGGAUGUGUGUUCAUCUCAGUCUCAUAUAAAGGGAUCAGCAGGAAAGGAGAGAGCAAUGAGAGCAAGUUUGGACACAACGGUCAGUCCUGGAGUUUGUGUUGUUCUCCUUCCUCUCUCUCUUUCUAUCACAACAACAUUCAGACUAAGAUCUCAGCCUCAUCCUCCUCCAGAAUAGGAGUGUAUGUGGAUCACAGUGCAGGAACUCUGUCCUUCUACAGCGUCUCCGACACACUGACCCUCCUACACACAGUCCACACCACAUUCACUCAGCCGCUCUAUGCUGGAUUUGAUUUUGAAAAUUUUGGAUCAGCUGUGAGGUUAUGUGAUCCAAACUAAUGUGACUAGUUUGCUUCAGUGAGUAAUAAAUGUAUUAUUUAAAAGGAGAGAGGUUAAAAGUAGCUGUAUUCACAGAAUUCCUGUUAAAUUAAUGUAAAACUGCUUUUUAAAAAGUUUUCUUAGAAAACUUCCAAGUAUAUAUCUUCCAUAAAAGAUACUUUUUCCACAAUAAAUAAAUUUGUAUUCGGAUGAAAAGAAUUAAUUUAAUGAAAGGAAUCUGACAAAAUAUCUCUAAAUGACAAUGAAAUGAUAAAAGGCCAAUCAUCCUUAUCUACAGUAACCAUAACAAAAAACUUAAAUCAAGAAAUAUUUAAUCAAAGGUGCAAUUAUAUAAACACAUCAUCAGAAGAGAAUCGAGGUCAGAAUUUAAAAUAAAACAGAAACUUUGACCAGUCUGGACAGCUGCAGUGGGUGCAAUCCUGUUUUUUAGGGGCAGGUUUGUGUUGUGUUUAUACGGGAAGGUUAGGUAGUUAAAAUUUCCACAUUUUUGGCACCCUUGACAAAGAAGUGCAAGAAAGAUCAUGAAAAAGUGUUCAUAUAAAAAUGAGGUGAAAAUAUUAAAUCCAAUUCAUGAAACAAUUAAAUCCCUUUUGAUGCUUUUUUAGUUUUAUUAGCACUAAAAGUUCUUAUGAACAAAAUGAAACAAACAUUUUGCCAUUUAGAUUUCACUUUUUAAGAGGACACUAAAUGUGAAAUGGGACAGCAGCAUGCUGACCUUCAUAAAUCACACAAUGCCUGGAUAAAUGUGUGAGAAAAUGCCCAAAGCCACAGUUUGGGCCAUAAUUAAGAUGUUAAAACAACCAGAGCCGUAGUGAACCUGCAAGAGUUUUUCACAGCUGGAGAUUUAGAAAAGAUAGUAGUAUCUGAGAGUCACCAAGUCUCCAAAACUACAAUUAGACACCACCAAACUUCACACAAACUAUUUGAAAGUACACAGGAGAAAGCCUUGAGCAGUGAAAGAGAAGAAAGCGUGAGCUAAAAAGGAGAGUCCAGAAGAGACGACAGAGGAUCUGGAGAGAGUCUGUAUGGAGGAGUGGUCUCAGAUUCAGUGCUCUGUUUAUCUCAUGGGGCGUCAGAGGAGAAGACUCAUUCCUUGCUGUUAUUUUGGCUGAGGGAGCCCAAGGAACUGUAUGUUUUUGUUUUCUUACAUGAAUUUACUGCAGUUUAAUGUUUGAAUUCUCUCAUAUUUUCAGUGCCAGACUGAGCUGAUUAACCGCAAAGCCGUUUACGUCAUAACCUUCUUCCUCAUGUUUACCGAUUGUGCCAAUAAUUAUGGAGUGGACAGUAUAUUCCAUUUUUUUUUCUCUUUUUUUAAGGUUAUUUUGAGUUUUUGAGGGGACUUUUUAUUUAAGUGGACACACAAACCUUGUUGGCUGGUGUUUGUUUUCUAUUUGGUCUGGCUUUUUUGAGACAGUGAGGUUGAGGUGCAGUGAAAAUCGAUGGAACCUGUUUUGUGUCUUUGGUUAAGAUUUAGAGGAGCUGGAUUUGGGACCAAUCUUAUUGUUACAGUUUGGGUUAGAUUUAGGAUUUGAUUCUGUUCACUUAUGUUAACCUUAAGCCCAGCGCUUGGUUCUCAUGGGUUGAGUGGCGAGAGUUCUUUUAGCAUCUGACCGCUAUAUGUAUUCGUGAAUUUCAUUAUUAUUUGCUUUUAAAAAUAGAUUUUCAUAACCAGUAAACAUGUUUUUCUCAGAUUUUUAAAUGAAUUUUACUCCACAGCUUCCACUUUUAAUGUAAAAUGUUACCAGUCUACAUUUCUACAAUUAUAUUUCUACAAGAUGACUGAUCUGCUUUCAUCUGAAUGUACAUGAUUUCCAGAAUAAAGACUUGUUCAUGUAUCUUGAGUAAAGCUUGACCAUACAGACAUA